CUUAAAUGGCGUCCCUGUACAUAAGGACGCCCCUACCUGUAGUUACUGUACGACCUUCUUCGUCGACCCAAACAACAAUAUCCAAUCAUCGCGGCUUUGAUGCUCUUUGUCUAAAAUGGCGGUUCAUUGCCGUCUUAAUAUUGUUCCCAACCUCAAUUACCGCCGUACUUCGGCAAUUUGUCCUCCCUCCUCUGCAUAUAAUCGCCUAAUCGCCCCCUCACCGAAUCAUUCCCUCUUCUUACCCCAGCUCCAUCUCAAGACUGAGAUUUUGUUUCAAGAUAGUGGGCGAAGAAGGGUCGGCGGCGCACUGAAGUGUGCGACAACGUCGGAGAAGAGAACAAUGUCUGAAGAGCGAAUGCUGGUGAUUGUUCCGCCGCAUCCUUUGAUAAAACACUGGGUUUCUGUUCUCCGGAAUGAGCAGACGCCUUGUCCAAUAUUCAAAAAUGCAAUGGCUGAGCUAGGAAGAUUGUUGAUGUAUGAAGCAUCAAGAGAUUGGUUGCCAACCAUAACUGGUGAGAUUCAUACACCGAUGGCUAUUGCAUCUGUUGAGUUUAUUGAUCCAAGGGAACCUGUUGCGAUAGUUCCUAUCUUGAGAGCUGGCCUAGCUCUUGCAGAGUAUGCAUCAUCUAUCCUGCCAGCAACAAAAACGUAUCAUCUGGGAAUUAGCAGAGAUGAAGAAACCCUUCAGCCAACUAUAUACUUGAACAAGCUACCUGACAAAUUUCCAGAUGGUUCUCGUGUCUUUGUUGUUGACCCUAUGCUGGCUACUGGUGGCACUGUAGUUGCUGCUCUUGAAUUGAUAAAGAAACGCGGGGUCAAUAACAAACAAAUCAAACUGAUAUCUGCAGUUGCUUCCCCUCCAGCUCUUCAAAAGCUCGGUGAGAAAUUUCCAGGACUUCAAGUUUAUGCUGGUAUUAUUGACUCUGAAGUUAAUGAGAAAGGGUUUAUAAUCCCCGGACUUGGAGAUGCGGGAGAUCGUAGUUAUGGCACAUAAAUGAAUCAGAUUAUCAGACCAUUGGUGCUUAAUCAUUUUCCAAUUUUGAAGGAUCAUUUAAGAGAAUGGUUUUGAGCUUUUAUCCAUUCUGAGGUUUUGUCAAGUCAAGUGAGUUAUUGAUAGGACAGCUUUGCUUGAAGCUAAAACGAAUGGUUCUUUCACCUUGCUUUUUCAUGCUUUUUGUAUAAGCGUUAACUAUACAAGGGGAUGAGUUAAUUUAACAUUACGGACCUACGAGUCCAAGCGCAUCCAAGAUUAUUUAGUUCUCAAACUGUUUUUUGUGAUAUACGGAAUAUUUGAGUACUACUUUCAAGUCCGUGGAUAAGCUUGCCAAGUGAGUUAUACACCACACCUGAAUUGUGGUGUGGGGCAGUAGCAGGGGAGUGGGUGACAGUGUAGUUAUACCACUGGUCCCGGCUCUUGAUGAGUUGAUGGUUUAGCAACGGUUCUAUACUGGUUUUUGAAAGGGAAUAGUUGUUUGUGUAGGUUUUUUUUUUAUGUAUAUAGACAAAAUGUAUUUUAUUAUCCAAGUCCCUCAUUUUGUGUUAGAUUUUAUUAUAAAGUUAGAUGAAUGACUUCUUUUCUUGAUUGCUCCAAGAAUUUAGUGAGUCCUGGUUACACAAAUGAAUCCAACGAAAUAGUUUUAUGAAUUCAUAUAAGUGAACAUGACAUCAUAACCACUACUCACUAUGGAUGGACUUGGGCCGGGUGGCCCGACCCGGACCCGAGUCCACCCCUACUACUAACGGGCUCCCUACAAAAAUGAGAAGCGUAUAUUAUACAACC